GUGUUUCCCAUGUGGUAUUGGUGUGCUGGAUAUCCCUUCACUGGUAGCCUGGUAACAUAUAGUCCCAGGUCUUUCUCUGCCUCUGUGGUGGAUAGUGGAGUGUUUCCCAUGUGGUAUUGGUGUGCUGGAUAUCCCUUCACUGGUAGCCUGGUAACAUAUAGUCCCAGGUCUUUCUCUGCCUCUGUGGUGGAUAGUGGAGUGUUUCCCAUGUGGUAUUGGUGUGCUGGAUAUCCCUUCACUGGUAGCCUGGUAACAUAUAGUCCCAGGUCUUUCUCUGCCUCUGUGGUGGAUAGUGGAGUGUUUCCCAUGUGGUAUUGGUGUGCUGGAUAUCCCUUCACUGGUAGCCUGGUAACAUAUAGUCCCAGGUCUUUCUCUGCCUCUGUGGUGGAUAGUGGAGUGUUUCCCAUGUGGUAUUGGUGUGCUGGAUAUCCCUUCACUGGUAGCCUGGUAACAUAUAGUCCCAGGUCUUUCUCUGCCUCUGUGGUGGAUAGUGGAGUGUUUCCCAUGUGGUAUUGGUGUGCUGGAUAUCCCUUCACUGGUAGCCUGGUAACAUAUAGUCCCAGGUCUUUCUCUGCCUCUGUGGUGGAUAGUGGAGUGUUUCCCAUGUGGUAUUGGUGUGCUGGAUAUCCCUUCACUGGUAGCCUGGUAACAUAUAGUCCCAGGUCUUUCUCUGCCUCUGUGGUGGAUAGUGGAGUGUUUCCCAUAUGGUAUUGGUGUGCUGGAUAUCCCUUCACUGGUAGCCUGGUAACAUAUAGUCCCAGGUCUUUCUCUGCCUCUGUGGUGGAUAGUGGAGUGUUUCCCAUGUGGUAUUGGUGUGCUGGAUAUCCCUUCACUGGUAGCCUGGUAACAUAUAGUCCCAGGUCUUUCUCUGCCUCUGUGGUGGAUAGUGGAGUGUUUCCCAUGUGGUAUUGGUGUGCUGGAUAUCCCUUCACUGGUAGCCUGGUAACAUACACUCCCAGGUCUUUCUCUGGCUCUGUGGUGGAUAGUGGAGUGUUUCCCAUGUGGUAUUGGUGUGCUGGAUAUCCCUUCACUGGUAGCCUGGUAACAUACACUCCCAGGUCUUUCUCUGCCUCUGUGGUGGAUAGUGGAGUGUUUCCCAUGUGGUAUUGGUGUGCUGGAUAUCCCUUCACUGGUAGCCUGGUAACAUACAGUCCCAGGUCUUUCUCUGCCUCUGUGGUGGAUAGUGGAGUGUUUCCCAUGUGGUAUUGGUGUGCUGGAUAUCCCUUCACUGGUAGCCUGGUAACAUACACUCCCAAGUCUUUCUCUGGCUCUGUGGUGGAUAGUGGAGUGUUUCCCAUGUGGUAUUGGUGUGCUGGAUAUCCCUUCACUGGUAGCCUGGUAACAUACACUCCCAGGUCUUUCUCUGGCUCUGUGGUGGAUAGUGGAGUGUUUCCCAUGUGGUAUUGGUGUGCUGGAUAUCCCCUCCCAAGGUGCAGGACUUUACAUUUUCUUCAUUGAACUGUAGCAGACACUUUUUGUUCCACUCCUGUAGCUUGGUGAGGUCUUCUUGUUGGAAAUCCUCAGUUAAGGGGUUAAUGAGAUUGACUUUUACAGGAGCAUGGACGUUGGUUGAUUAUAAGACUGUCACACUAAAUUUCAAACUACAGUGGGAAGUUAUGGGAAGCAGAUCAUGCAAGGGCAGCGCCAGAUCCAGUCCUCUUGGGGACGUGAGCGAGACAGUGUUUUGGGGCCCCUAACUUCUCCUUCACUUCUUCUCUCCUUCCAUGUUAUAUCCAGUACCCAGCAUCCCUUCUUCCCUUCACUUCUUCCCUUCCUCUCUCCUUCCAUGUUAUAUCCAGUACCCAGCAUCCCUUCUGCCCUUCACUUAUCCUUCCCUUCCUCUCUCCUUCCAUGUUAUAUCCAGUACCCAGCAUCCCUUCUUCCCUUCCUCUCUCCUUCCAUGUUAUAUCCAGUACCCAGCAUCCCUUCUUCCCUUCACUUAUCCUUCCCUUCCUCUCUCUUUCCAUGUUAUAUCCAGUACCCAGCAUCCCUUCUUCCCUUCACUUAUCCUUCCCUUCCUCUCUCUUUCCAUGUUAUAUCCAGUACCCAGCAUCCCUUCUUCCCUUCACUUCUCCUUCCCUUCCUCUCUCUUUCCAUGUUAUAUCCAGUACCCAGCAUCCCUUCUUCCCUUCACUUCUCCUUCCCUUCCUCUCUCUUUCCAUGUUAUAUCCAGUACCCAGCAUCCCUUCUUCCCUAUGGUUUUGCCCACACGCACCUAGAUCUGGCUCUGCACAAGGCUUUAACCCGGUAGCAGCGGGGAUCAUGUUUAUUAAUGGUCCCUCCAAGUGAGAAAAAUGAGAAAAAAUCACCCUUCACACAAACCAUUUCAUAAUAUAUAUCAAAGCAUUUCUGAUCAGAUUAUGUAUCAUCUAUUUUUGGGGGUUUAUAUCAUGGCACAAAUUUGGCCCGUCGCUGCUACACGGUGAAGCCACAAAUUUGGCCCGUUGCUGCUACCGGGUUAAAUACACUACUGAAGGCAAAUUAAUGUGAGAAAGAGAGGAUGCAGAGACGUCUAAUGAACAAAAUCAUGCUAAAAGUUACAAUAGAGUUAGAGUGAGGCAAAUCUAUGGUUUUGUCCACACUUGUGCAUUAGUCUGGCUCUGCACAAGGCUUUAAAUACAUUACUGAAGGUGAAGAACUACUAUGAGAACAAGAGGAGGCAAAGAUCUCUGCACUUAGAAGUAACAUGCAGCUGAUGGGCGGGUCUCAGUAGAUCACGGAGGGCAAGUCAUUCUCAUAAACAGCUGACAGAGGAGGGGUAAGAGCUUUCAGUCCACAUGAGUACUUGCAGAUAGAGUUCCAACACAUUACUGAAGACGAUGGAAAUGAAAAGCAGUCGACAUUAGGUUGUUUACAGUUCGUUAGUACAAGCGGGUAACACAACGGUCUCUACAGAAACGCACACACACACAUAUGCGCUCACAUACACGCUCUCUCUCUCUCACACGCACACACACACGCACACGCACACACUUCAGUA